AUGUUAAGGUUGAAAUCACCGACAGAGGAGAGUGCGGAGGGAGAGGGGGAGACUCCACCCGCCAAUGGGUCAAUCUUCACCAUGACCCUCAAGAACAACCAUCUCAUCGUGGAAACCGAGGAGAGAAACGAUAUUACCAAAAACGGUCGCGAAACAAAAAUGAAGUACUCACCAGACAACGACGGUAUUUUUGUGGUAGAAGUCCAGCAAUCGACAGCAUAUAGGCCUAAUAACAAAUCACUACAGAACACUUCAUCUCAGGACCAACAGAUAUCCACCAACCAGGCUCUCAUACACAGAGUCCCUGAAGAUUUAGAAGGAAAAACAGAUGGAGAAAGCAAUAAAUUCUCCAGCCAGAAAGCUCUAGCCUUAUCGAGUACGGGUCUCUCCAUAUCAGAUCUAAGUAUGUCAUCCAUGGGUUCCCACAACGUCAGCUAUUCUUAUGGAAGUCAAAUUGGAUAUGAGCAGGGUCCUUUCGGUUACCCAGUUUACGCAGGCUAUGAUAUCAAAGAGGAUGUUCCAGAAGGUAUCGUGUAUGACAACUCUCAAGAACCUCUUAUCACGAAAACUCCAACAGAUCCUGAUAAACCAGUUGUGACAGCAGCUAUUUUUAAGCAAGAUUCAAUUAUUGGUACUGAAGUCCUGCAAGGUCCCGGAUACUGUAUUGAAGGUUCAACGGAUGGUCCUCUGCUGUCUGAUGUCCAAGCUCGAGAAUACAGUCUUCAACAUUUGCAUCAUCAAAAAGAAAGGAAGCUGGAGAAUGGUGUAGCUGUUCCGAUAUCGGAAAAAGUUGCCAGCCCAAAGAAAGCUUUAAAUAGAGCUGAUAGCUUACCAGUGCGAUUAGAAGAAGAUAAAAUACCAGAACCUGUGAUUGAAAAGAGCAAUUGCAUGGAAGUUAUAGAAGAAGAUGAUGUGCCAAAAGAAGUUUUGAAAAGUAAAAGAGCAUCUCUUCCUAUUAUAAGGACUGAGGUUUAUGAGACAGUUAAGGAUGCAAUUCUUCCUUCAGGCUCUCCUAAGUUCGAGAGAUUGUCUAAUGAAGCAUCGUCUCGAGAUGGCAGCUUUGAUGCACCACCAAUGAUCACGAUCACGGAAGAAAACGAAUCUGGAAAGUCUGAUUCGACUAGUUAA